AUGUCUGGUCCUUCUGAGCACAUGGCUACCGCCUCAGCAAUUCCUAUUCCAAGCGCGAUGAUUUCUACGUCGUCAGCUGCUUGGUUCUAUUUACAACAAGGUUUAGUCAGAUUACCUGGUGGCCAUCAUGUGAUCAGUUACAUCGAGAAAGCUACUCAGGACGAUCCAUACAGAACUGCGGUUGAGGCAAGUUUGAUUCUAUAUGGGAUCUACUACUAUCUGUCAAAACCUCAACAGAAGAAAGGUCUACAAUCAAAUAGACCUAACUUGACUAAACAUGAAAUCGAUGCCUUAAUUGAUGAGUGGGAACCCGAACCAAUAGUUGUACCUCCUGUAAAUGACAAGGAGACCGCUGAGAGAUACUGGCGUCUAGCUAAGAUUCCAAUUGUGGAGAAUCAUGGUAUGACUAAAUAUAUUGAUUUUACUAGAGACGACAAGAAAGAAUCCUUUGAAAAUGUAUUAAACUUAGCCUCUAACAAUUUCCUGGCCCUGAGUGAAACCCCUGAAGUGCUGGAAGUCGCUAGACAAACAAUUAGAGACUAUGGUGUUGGUGCAUGUGGUCCUGCUGGGUUUUAUGGUAAUCAAGAUGUUCAUUAUAAUUUAGAAUAUACUCUGGCUGAAUUCUUUGGUACCGAAGCAUGUUGUCUUUAUGGUCAAGAUUUUGCUGUAUCUUCUUCUGUGAUUCCUGCGUUCACUAAGCGUGGUGAUGUCAUUGUUGCUGAUGAUCAAGUCUCCCUGGCUGUUCAAAACGCUUUACAAUUAAGUAGAUCCACAGUUUAUUAUUUCCAACACAAUAAUAUGGAAUCCCUAGAAGAAUUAUUGGAACAAUUGAAUGAAUCAGAAAAGAAGGAAAAGUUACCUGCCAUUCCAAGAAAAUUCAUUGUCACAGAGGGGAUAUUUCAUAAUUCAGGUGAUAUUGCACCUUUACCAGAAUUAGUCGAAUUGAAACGUAAAUAUAAAUAUAGAUUGUUUGUUGAUGAAACAAUGUCCCUAGGUGUUCUAGGUGCCACUGGUCGUGGUUUACCAGAACAUUACAACAUGGACCGUUCUACUUCCAUUGAUAUCACCGUUGGUUCCAUGGCUACUGCCUUUGGCUCUUCUGGUGGGUUUGUUCUUGGUGAUACAUUCAUGUCCGAAUAUCAACAUAUCGGUUCUAAUGCUUAUUGUUUCAGUGCUUCUUUACCUGCUUAUGCCACAACUGUAGUUGACAAGACUUUACAAAUCAUGGAUAACAAUAAUUCUACAGUACAAACCUUACAAAAAUUAUCUCGUACAAUGUUUUAUUUUUUCAAUUCAAGAGUUCAAUUGAAUGAAUUCUUCACUUUGACAUCAUCUGAAUUUUCUCCAGUGGUGCAUUUGGAAUUGAAGGAAUCCAUUAGAAACUCUAAAUUCCAUUACUCUAGGGAUUCUUUAUUUACUGAACUUCUCAGCUUACAAAAACGUAAGAUUUCCGAUGUCUUCAUCGAACCUUUCGAAAAAGAAGAAAUGUUCCUACAAGAUAUUGUGGAUGCUAUCCUAGUGAACCAUAACAUUCUGAUUUCAAGACAUACUAUUGUCUUAAAACAAGAAACGUUACCAAUUGUGCCAAGUCUCAGAAUCUCGUGCACCGCAGCAAUGACUGAGGAAGAAUUGUUGAACGCUUGCGAAAACAUCGUCACCACCAUCGUCGGACUCUGCACACAGUAA